AAAUGGGUCAAAACAAUUAACGUCACCCGAGAAACAGAAACUUGUUCGACGCGUCGACACAUGUAGAACAGUAAACAAACUGUUCAGCGCCGAGCGUGCCACCUGUGUCUGAUCUAUGUUUUACAGCCGUGGUAAAACGGAGAUGUGACUCAGAUGGGCAACAAGAAAAGUACACCGGGGUUUUGGCUGGAGGAUAGCGGAGGGAGAAGCGGCAGGGGGAGACACGAGGCAUGGGAGAUCACGGGCGACCCCUGGCGGCUCCGUGUGUCGGUCAUCAGAAGAUUUUGCAGUUUGGCGCUGAGAGGCCAUUCUGAACGGGCCAUAGACAUUCUGAAGGACCUAAGAAAGAUAUGUGCCUUGGAAGACCCAGAGGUUCAAGACGCCGACAGUUUUCUUGUGGACCAGAAGACAGCGGGGUACAUUACGAGGUUAAACCUCCUCCUGAAGCAGCAGGACCCGGAGUCCCUACAGAUGGAGUGUACGAACUUCAUCAGACACCUCAGCCCUCCCGCCAGUGUGUGCGGCAAGAAGAGGUUUGACUUCAUGUUAGCAGCUGACUUCAGAGGUUUGGAAGCGCUGUCUUUGUGCGGCGCCAUGUUGAAGGAUAAGGAGCUACUGAAACUAGACAAGGUGCUGGACGCCAACAUGGACACCAUGACUCACCUGGACCUCAGCUACAACAGACUCACAGACAGCGGAUUGCAGCGCCUCCUACCGACUCUGCAGAAAAUGCAGACCCUUCAAAGUCUGGACUUGGUUGGGAAUUACCUGCGGAAGGAGGCGAUUGACGGACUGGUGAACGCCAUGGCGGACCCCAGCGCUUUCCCAUGUCUCACACAGAUUGCCCUUGGAAACAACUACAAUAUCGCGGUGAUGCCAGGCAGUAUGUGUGAGCUGCUGCUGGCCAGGUGGCCCCCACACGCCAGGGAACCGUCCCUCACUGAGCUAGCCACCGGGCAGGUUACCAUCGUGGAAGCCGUGGACGACGAAGACUAUGAAGACCCAGAUAUCGCAGCAUUGCAACUGGUGUGAAACUUACCAGGAUUUAGACCGACUCGAAAAAUAAAGAGGAUAUAAUCUGAGAAUUUCCAUUCUAAACUGCUUGAUACUGAAUGAACUGAUCUUAUGGCCCGCCCGCAGAAAUGCAAAGAAAUACGCAAAAAUGUAAAUAACUUGACAGACAGGCCGCAACUCUCUCAUUGGUUGACUGCUAAUUACCAUGCUAUCAUUGGUUGAACCGCUAAAAGCGAUUGGCUGUCUGAUGGAAAACAAAAAAGACGCUAGAGACUACAAGACUCGCUGAAUUGUUAUUGUGUUGACGACUUUUAAUUGCAUUUGUCCAUAUCGACUCCCUCCAAAGCACGUGUCUUUGAAUGUAUAGAAAUGAUGGAACUCCCUGGUUCCCGACUUUUUCAGCACUACAUCUACUUUAGUACAACGCUGUCCUUGAUAACUGUGUGUUGUAAUCAAUCACAAAGGAACAGAUAGCUGUAUCAGCCUAAUGUAGGCCUUUAUGACACAUCCGUAUACAGGCAAUUAAAGGUCAAUUGGUUGUUUGCAGUCACAUGAUUAUGACGUCAAUUAUCGUCCGCCAUGUUGGAUGACGGAUUCUGGUGACGUCACUUUAGAAGUGAGAAAUGUCUGCCAUUUUUAUUUUACCGUUUUUACCAUUUUUAUCUCACCUUAUUUUGGUAGCCAGGGCUAUAAACAAUGCCUUGCCAUUCAUCACCAUCUGUGCAUCAAACGUGACCAGGCGCCAUCUUGGCUCAGUGAAGUAAACCAACACGGUCAUCAUUACGUCACCCAUUAGCCUACCUACCGCAUAAUCAAUGCAUCGGUAGGUCGGUAAGACGCGGUCACAUUCGGUCGUCGUAUAUGUACGAUCUAUUUAUAUCGUUACAUUUUCAAGCAGGCUGUGAGAGAACCAGCUUUUGUUUGUAACAAGACAGCUGGAUCGUGUAUACAACACAUCCUAAGAAUGUGCUCAGUAUGUGACCGUACGGCAAUCGUACAAUUUCAUGACAAAUGUGACCACGCCCCUAGUUCGCUUUUCAUUAGCUCUCUUGUUCCGUUCUUUGGUGGCGCUUUUUUAUUCACCUGCCAAUGAUAUGUACAUGGCAGGCAUCAUAGUUGAGCCUCGUCUCCCAAUUUGAGCCCAGCAUAAAAAUAAUUUCAAAAUGACCCAAAUCUAAACCGCACAAACACCAGAAAUGGUUUACUUAUUAACCACACAACGAAAGCAACGAAAACUGACGUCUGCCCUGCAAAUAGUACAAACAUAUGUCUGCAGUUUUUCUGGUUCAACCAACCCCUCGGUUCAAUUGGGUUAACUCUGCGUCACAUGCACGAUUAUGAUAAAUAUUAACACUGCAUAGCAUAGGAAGAUGUGUCCUGCUCACAGCUAUCAUUGCCCCCCCCCCCUUCUCAGCAGAUUUUGACGAUAAUACCUACAUUUUCCGAUUAGACCAUGUUGAUUCGAUUAUAAGGAUGAUAAUCUUCUGGGAGCCCCAGAACUGAUGCAAGCGUGUAAAAAAUAUUAUUUUCGUUAGAAAUGAUGGUGUUCAGGAAGAUAGAACAAAUGACUGAACACACAAAGUAUGGCAUGCCGGACAAUAUAUAUUCUUCAUUUUUGUUCUUUUA